AUGGAAAUUGAGAAUAAGACAUUAUCAGAAUCAGAGAUGAAGGUAUUGACAAGUAUUGCCAAAUAUUUAAAAAGUGAACAAGAUCUGAUUAACUUUGUGAUGGUAUGUAAAUCUCAUCAAAAUGUUUUAGAUUGUUUUUUUUUUAAUCCUAUUAGUUCAACUCGUCUUUUUGUUAAUUUACAAGAACAAUGGUUAUACCACCCUUGGGACCAAGUCACUUCUAGAGCUAAAAAAGUUAUUUUGAAUUACCCAAUUACAACAAAAGAUUAUAACUUAAUUAAAGGAAAUAGAAAUAUUAUUUGUAAACAAGUUAAGUUUACAAAACAAGACCGUGAGAAUUUAGGAAAUAAAAUUCCAUCAAUUGUAAAUUCAAUUGAAGAAAAGUGUUUUGAACAGUGUACUGAUUUAGAACAAAUCACAUUACCAAGUAGAAUUACAUCAUUAGGAUAUUCUUCAUUUAGAGAUUGUGUUAAAUUGUCCAACAUAGAAUUACCAGAAAAUUUAAUAAGAAUUGGGUCUUGUUGUUUUGACCAUUGUACUAAUUUAAAGUCAUUAACAAUUCCUAAUACUGUGAAUUACAUUGGAGAUAAUGCUUUCUUUUGUUGUAAUUCUCUUACAUCAAUUUAUUUACCAACACAUCUUACUUCUUUAGGAAAGUCAUGUUUUUUUGGAUGUAAUAACUUAAAAAAUAUUUAUGCGUCGAAAGAAAUUCAAAAUCAAUUGCCUUAUUAUUUUUCUUCUUCUUCAUUUGCAAUUUAA